UGGCGGGAAGCGAGCAGCACUUCCGGGUCUCGUCUCUACUUCAAAUCAGCAUCGGCGGAGCAGCAGCAGCAGCUAAGACUACGACAACCACCACCACCAUCAUCAUCAUCAGCUGCUGCUGUGUACCCAAACCCAGCUCUGCGCUCUCCCCGUGACCGGUCCCUCGCCCCUUCGCGCGACGUCAAUGGCCACCCCACGCGAGCGCGCCAUCGCGCGCAACAGCCUCGUGUCGCUGCUGCAGGCGGUGCUGCACGGGGCGCACGCCGCCGUGGAGCUGCGCGACGAGACGCAGGUUCGCGGCCUCGUGCUCAACGUCGACGCCUUCAUGAACGUGCGCCUGGCCGACGCCGAGCUCAAGGAGCGGCGCUCCGGCCGCGUGACGCGGCACGCGCAGGUGCUGGUGAGCGGCCGCAGCGUGCGCUACGUGCUGCUGCCCGACCGCGCCGACCCCGUCGCGGCGCUGGCCGCCCGCUUGCGGCGCGACGACGACGACGCGGCCAGGGCGCCGCGGGCCGGGCGCACGGAGUUCGCGCGGAAGUAGCCGAGGGGCUGCGCGAGACGACGGCGCGUUGUGCGUCUCUCUCCACACCCACACCCGUUGCUGAUGUUGUUUACGUACCGCAUUUGGCUGUGGCAGCAGUGCGAACCGCUGCGCCAGCGCUUUCCACAACCUAACUGCAUGCAGCCUCGCAACCACGCACAGAACCACGUGCAGCCACACACAGAACCACGCACACAACCACACACAGAACCACAAAAAGAACCACUUGCAGCCACACAGAACCACACAGACAACCACACACAACCAUUCGCAGCCACACACACAACCACGCACACAGCCACGCACAGAGCCACACACACAACCACACAACCAUUCGCAGGCAUGCACAGAACCACGCACAGAACCACGCACAGAGCCACGCGAGCGUGUGAGCAAUGCUCGUGAACGGAGUCGUGUUGCCGUGCCGAUACGAAGUACGAAGAUUCGCGAGUUUUAACAAAACUGAAUGUGUUUUUUACCCCACUGCUCUUGUAUACUUUAUCCGUGCUCUGCUGUACUGAUGAAUAAAGGU